UGGCUUUAAGAAUGUCACAGCAAGGUGGGAAAAUGUCUGCAUAUGAAAGAUUCCUGCUUCACCGCACAAAGGCUUGGGAAACUUUCCCCAUAUGAACAGUCUCUCUUCUUGAUUAUCUUUAGUUACUGAGAGAGCUCAAGAUGAAUUUUAAGGAGGAGAUAAAAAGGGGGAUAUUUUGCAAAAGGAUCAAUACACAAAACUUAAAGUUUGCUGAAAAGUUUCAUAAAGCUUUAAAAAAUUUUAAUAAAAGAAAAUAGGGGCUGAAUCUGAGGUAAAGUCCUCAAAUUGUAUUGCCCUUUUAACCAGUUUCUCUGUAAGUGAAGACAUAUCAAAAUAUCAAUGGAUAAGAAGUGUCUUGCUUUGAAGAAUAUACCACAAACUCUCACCAGUUUUUCAUAAGGGUGAAUCAAAUACUAUGACAGAUUUUCAUCUAAGAAAAUUACAAGACAUAAGUAAAUUAGAAAAACUAACAGUGGCGGAAAUUAUGGGGGCUCGGGCCCCUCAAUCAGCGACGUCGUCGGAAAAUUCGCGCUUUCUUCGGAUAAUUGACAACCGUUUAACGUGUCGAAAUUACUCCAAGAAAUCGUUCUGAAAAGGAAUUUUAAGGGGCGUAAUCUAAGGGGCGUAAUUGACAAAUUUUCUGCUCGCUUCGCUCGCAGGUGAUCCACGUUUCAAUUUUUGCCCCAGGGGCCUUUAUAACCUCUCUGUGCCCUUUUUGCAAAUAUUGAACAUAGCAUAGCUGAUAAAAUAUUGGCCAGUACUAAAUAAUCAACCAAACAAUAUAUGACCAAAAUCAAAACUGCUUGUGAAUUGUGUAUUUAAUUUCAAUUUCGUAAGGAUCAGCCAAAAUUUCUAUCGGAUUCUUCUUGUACAAUAUUUACUGGUUCUGCGGUACAAAUUCCAACUUUCAAGGAGAUAACUUCAUUUCAAAUAACAUAACAUUUCAUCGAUCUAUAUCACUAGAAUCAAAAAGAAAUAAUUAAGUAAAUAUAAUACACACUAAAUUUCCCACGGCAUAAUAUAAAAGAACUGUGAACGCAUUAUGGUAAAUUAUCCUCUAGUUAGUUAUAAAACAGAUAUGCGCAGUUACAUAAAGAUACCCAGUAACAGCAAACUUACACAACACUUCUGAACAAAAGUUAUUUUCAAACGUAUUUCUCACUGACGAAAACAAGAUAAAAUGCAUAAAAUGAAGGUACGACUUGUCAAAAGUGUUAUCGGUCUACCUCUUGUAUCAUCAAUCGUCUUAGAUGAGAUAUCAAUCUUGAUAUCAAAAAUCAAAAAUGGAUUGUUCUUCUUGCUACUUAAUUAUGGCGUGGUCAGCAAAGAUUUCUAAAGAGUCCCGUCAAAAAAUCAACUAUUUUUAUCAAAAUGUGCAGUUUCUUUGAAAUUAUACAUGGUCCGUGAUGUUAUCUUGUCGGAAUAUCGUAGGCCUGGGCCCCCCCAAAUGAAAGCUUGAAUUUCCGCCACUGAAAAGGAAAGUACCAAGGACUGAACCCUGUAGGACCCCACAAGAAAAAUCUGAUUUAUGAAGUUUCUAGGCUAGUUUUCUGUCCAAGCUCUACCAAAAGGAAAUUUCUAGAGCACAUUUCUAGAUACCUUACCAUAGACCACUUAUCACAUCAUCCCAUAACUUAAUUUACACUGAGUAUGGCAUUGCAUGGAAUUGUUAUUAUUUGAGAAGCUUGCAACUGAUAACUGCAAAGCAAACUAACAAUUCUAUGUGAGGCGCAAUAACCAGUCCGAUUUCAGAAAAUGUUUGAAGUUUCUAAAAGCUUCUACACAAUCCUGUAAUUAGCUAACGAUAGAACCGCAAGCAAUCUACCCUCAUUUUACAUUAUCAACUACACUAUUAACUGCUGAAGUCAUUAACUUACCUACACCAUAAGCUUUAAGUGGGGGCUGUCAAGUAUAUGUUCCCAACAGUAAUUUGGAUGAAUUUUAAGUAUUUCCCUAUAUUUUCCAUUGACUCUUGUUUGUCAACAACAUCUGGUAAACACUGUCACUGUUGGUGAUCACUGAGUACUGUUAGUAUAAGAAUGUUUUGGAGUGAAUUUGCAAUAUUCUUGCUUCUCUACCGUAUUUUGAGAUGUAAGUAAAAACAUUGAGUAAAUCUCUAAUAUUUCUUUUGAAACUAUAAGGCAUUUCACAGCAAAACAAAUCCUUUAGGUUUGACCUUUUUUACCAUAACUUUUUUAAUUUGGUUCUUCUAUGUUAUAUAAUUAUUUGUGUAAAUUACAGAGUUCAUCCCAAAUCCUUUACCACACACUCAAUUAUCUCCCAUUCUACGCUACGCAAUUCUUCAACUCAGUGUUAUAAUGAAUUUGGUAACCUCCACUGUUCUCCGGGCAAUCAGCUUUUUAAUAUAAAUCAUUUGAACACAACAUUUCCCAGGGAUAGUUCAAAUAAAGGGUUAUUUGAAUUUAGGGAUUCUAUAAACAGUAAUGGGCUCAGAUGUGUACCUUGGUUUACACCUAUUUAAGUCUGCUGAAAUUUUUCUGGAAAUUACUAUGCAUUAUAAUUUGUCAAACAUGGCUAAAGUCAGGGCAGUCACCACUGUGUGUGCAUGGCAGGUGCCUCGAAUAUUGCCUUGCUCGUUACUUGGUCGACAACUCUUUUGAUAAUCUCUGAUACAUCAAACAAAGAGCUGUUUCAUUCUACAAUUUUGCCUACAAGGAAAUACUCAAAAACGAUUGAUAACUUAGGAUCUCCUCACGUCGUUUAAUCGGUCUCACUAGCUCUUCUUGGAAAAGUUGUAUGGAUAUGGCAAUUACGAAAUGUCUUGCGAGUGGUUUUACAAAUUUGUUUGCAGUCAUCCAUUCAUUAAGGCCUUCAAAUGAGCAAAAUUCUAUAACAAUCAAGCCAUAAUUAGCAUUGUUUUUGGUGUGACUAACCAUCCUGCUGCUGGAUUCAAUAUGCGGGAUUUCCUUUAUGAAAAAUAAGCUAAAAAUUGAUUUUAAUAAUUUAAGCUUGAGAUCACCUUUUGGGAACAUCUGUCGCGCUAUCUAUUUGCAGCUGUUAUACCAAGAGAAUUCAAGUUCGUUUUAUUGCUUACAAUUAACUUGUGCAAAACGAAUUAGCUGCUUGAGAAGUGGGCGUUUUCAGUUUCAAGAAACAUCAACUUGGACUUAUUGCUGUCAAGUCACUGAUUCUUUAAAAAGUCUACGUCUUUUAAGAUUUUGAUUCAAAGGUCAAGGAUUAUCGAUUGGGGCUCUUCUUGAAAAUUCGUGUUUGUUCAAUUAAUUGUUCAUGCAUAUGCAUAAAGUGGGUUCAUUUGCGGCAAAUUUCAUGACGGAGAAGACACAAAUUGGCAAUCGUUGAUAACGAAGAAUAUUGUUGAUAAAGAGGUUUCAUCAUAGCAACUACAGAAGCACGGGGUUGCACUUUUGCGGUCGGAUCUUGAUAUGAAAUAUUAGCAACCGACAUUGAAGCAGCUAAGCCCAAAUCAAAUAUAAGUUUUAGCAAAUCGGUUCUACAUCUUGUGGCUCGUAUUUUGUUGUUGUCCGGAUAUCUUCAAUGUGUUGAGAAAGCUCUUUUCUGACAACCAAUCGAAAGGACUUUUGGAGGCCUUAAAUGCUUAUUUGGUGUUUUGAAACCUGAAAGAAAAUGCACGGUGCAGAUUUUUCUCGGGACAAACAGAAUGGAAACAGCUCAACUUCAGCAAGGACCCUGACAAGAGCGACUAAUGUUCAGUAUAUACAAAGUUUGGUGACACGUGACAAAAGAGGACAAGUGAUUGGUCAGAGCCAUGGCUUUCGAGGCUGUACUAUAUGGCUUACAGGUCUUUCCGGAGCCGGAAAAACGACUCUUGCUCAUGCCCUGGAGGAAUAUCUUUGCUUUAGAGGGAUCCCUUCAUACAGUCUGGAUGGCGACAACUUAAGAACGGGGUUGAACAAAAAUCUCGGUUUCACGCCCGAAGAAAGAGAAGAAAACAUCAGAAGAGUCGGUGAAGUUGCAAAGCUGUUUGCAGAUGCAGGGAUUGUGUGUGUCACCAGUUUUAUCAGUCCAUAUGCUAAGGACAGGCAGCGGGCGAGAGAAAUUCACGAAAGUGCUGGGUUGUCAUUCAUCGAAUGCUAUAUUAAUACUCCACUAGAGGUAUGUGAGCAGAGAGAUGUUAAAGGGUUAUACAAGAAAGCAAGAGCCGGUAUUAUCAAAGGCUUUACCGGUAUCGAUGCAGUGUACGAGUCUCCUUCUCACGCUGACCUCACUAUCGAAGCUGGCAAGCAUAGCAUUGACCAGUGUGUGCAGAAGCUUGUAAAACUUCUUAUCAGCAAGGAAGUAAUUCCAAUUACCUCUGCAAACGAAGUUAAGGAGCUUUUCGUCCCAAGAGAUGAAUUGGAGAAGUACAUGGCAGAAGCGAAAUCUCUGGAGGCUUUAAGCAUAAACAAGGUUGACAUGCAGUGGGUUCAAGUUCUAGCUGAGGGCUGGGCCUCCCCGCUAGAUGGCUUCAUGAAGGAGCGCGAGUAUUUGCAAACACUUCAUUUCAACUGUCUUCAGGAUGCUGAUGAUAUAAACCAGUCGAUACCUAUCGUUCUUGCAAUUACAACUGAAGACAAAGAGAGACUCGGUGCCUGUCAGUCAUUCAGCCUCGUUUUUGAUGGAAAACCAGUUGCGAUAUUGAGGCACCCUGAAUUUUUUGCUCACAGGAAAGAGGAGCGAUGUUGCAGACAAUUUGGUGCCAACAGCAAAAAUCAUCCUUACAUGAAGAUGAUCUACGAAUCUGGAGAUUGGCUGGUGGGUGGAAAACUUGAUGUUUUGGAGGAGAUUAAAUGGAAUGACGGUUUGGAUGCAUACCGGUUGAAACCAAACGAGCUUCGUGCGGAGUUUAUGCGAAGGCAAGCGGAUGCCGUGUUUGCGUUUCAGUUGAGAAACCCGAUCCACAAUGGCCAUGCCCUGCUCAUGCAGGACACCCACCGAAAGCUCCUCGAAAGGGGUCACGUGAAACCAGUGUUGUUGUUGCACCCACUAGGCGGCUGGACCAAAGAUGACGAUGUUCCUUUGUCGGUCAGAAUCAAGCAACAUCUCGCUGUGUUAGAAGAGGGAGUUCUAGAUCCUGAAAACACUGUAUUGGCAAUCUUCCCCUCGCCAAUGAUGUACGCAGGACCCACUGAGGUCCAGUGGCAUUGCAAGGCACGGAUUGCUGCAGGUGCAACAUUUUACAUAGUUGGCAGAGACCCGGCUGGGCUCCCACACCCCGACAUACCAAACACUGAUUUGUAUGAACCUACACAUGGUAGCAAGGUGCUAACAAUGGCUCCUGGCCUUACUCAUUUAGAAGUCAUCCCAUUCAGAGUGGCAGCUUACAAUACGAAAUCCAAUAAGAUGGAAUUUUUCAAUCCUGAGCACAAGGAAGACUUUGACUUCAUUUCUGGAACUCGCAUGCGGAAAUUGGCGCGAGAAGGCAAGGAACCGCCUAAUGGUUUUAUGGCUCACAAAGCAUGGGGUGUUCUCUCAGAAUUUUAUCAGUCAAAGAAAGCGAAAUAAGUAUGCGGACAAGUUUUGACAUUUUUAUCCAGCAAAACCAAGCUAAGAAUUUGUAGUUAAUUCUUAUAGACACAAUCUUUUUUGAAAUUUAAACAUUUCGUCUAUGAUCAGAUCAUAAGGGUAGUAUACAAAUCGAAUUGUUAACUCACAACAGAAAUAGAGAAUUUUUAAUUAGUUUUUUUCAUUUAGCAGAAGAUUGUUAGUUUCUUUAAUUAUGAGGUAUCAUUCUUAUAAAUCAUUCUUAACAAUUUUUUUGCGGUACAGAAUUUGAAAAUGGCUUUGAUGAAAGCAAACAUUUUACAACAUACUAAAAGCUUUUUCGUCUGACACUCCUCAGAGCAUAAAACUUGACACUCCUGAUUCUGACGUUUUAUGCUCUGAGGAGUGUCAGAUGAAAAAGCUUUUAGUAUGUUGUAAAAAAGUUUGCUUUUUUCAAAGCCAUUUUCAAAUCAUUCUUAUUUUUACAUUUUAUUGAAUUUCACUUAGGCUACUUUUUACUUAAAGAUAUAAGGGUACAUUCUAUGAUAACAUCCAAAUUUUACUGUAUGUAUAAGUGGUUUUUAUCUUAACUUAGAGAAAAAUGAAUUCUUAUCAGAAAUUUUUAGUUUAGCUUAGUUGCUAAAACAUGUCGUAUAGCAAGAACUUUUGCUAGUAUCAGCAAAAUAGCGUAUGUUUUAGCCAUAAAACUUUCAUUUUUUUAUUUAUGUAAUAUUUGUCUAUUUUGAAGUACAGGAGACGUUUUCCUUGUCCUAUAUUGUAUUGUUAAUGUUGGGUUAGCAAAAUGCGAGAACAGGGGCGGACAUUUGGUCAAAUAUUGGGGGCAAGCGUAUUGUUUUACUGACGUCACAUUUCAUUGUUUUAGAACAAAAGACCAUUGUCCUCUAAAGUAUUGGGGGGGUGCGGUCGCUCUUCAAAGUGUCCGCCACUGUGCGAGAACAUUUUUUGCACCUUGAAAAUGUACAUUUGGAGUCGGACGAGCGUCUUCAUCAACAUACCCCCGUCAGUUAAAAUCCAAGAGUUUUUCCUAUCACCAGUAAAUGAUACUCGACAGGGCGAACACCUUUGACAAGAUCCUUCACAUUUUCUAAAGAUUUGUCUUUGAACGCUCGACGUGAUCACUAGAAAGAAACUUUUGCCUUGCUUACAAAAUUUUAAGCUUAUUGUUCUUUUUUCGAUUUCCAAUUUCAUUGAGAAGAUAGCAUUGCAGAUCCUUCGAAGCAAAUUUGUCACCAAUAUGUAUUGUGUGUUACUUCAUCAGGAAUUUUUGGGGUGGGGUAAUAGAAAUCCCCCAUUCAAGUCACCCAAUUUCUUAUAUAACUUCAGUUGUUCAUUUAAUUUUUAAGCAUCUUGUAAGAUAUAAUCAUGGUAUAUCUGAAUUUUAAAAAAAAAAUUUCCAACGAGGCUAGUCCCAUUUCGAAAAGCCGAAAUUCUUUCCUUAAAAUUAACAUACCAGUUUUCAUGAAAACUGUUUUUAUUAUUUUAUUUUUUAUGGUUGCCAGAUAUGUAUAUUUAAGUUUGGCAUUUUUCGGUAGCCGUAAAGUUUUAACGUGAGGAUAUUGUUUUUAUUGAGUCUUAUAUAGACGUCUGGUUCAAUAUUACUAAUGAUUAUUGCGUUAUAAUGACAGUUUAGUUUGGAUAAACAUCUACUUGUGGUUUAGAUUUAUAGAAAUCAAUUGAUAAUUACCAAUAUGUGAUGAGAUAUCAUUACAAAACGAUAAUAUAUAGUACAUAUGAAUUUCGUGUAUUAGAUUUUACAAAAUGA